AUGCCCUCCCCCGCUAGCGACACCCCCCCUCUUCCGGCCAUGGCACAUGAGGCGGUGGAUACAGAGACUUUUAAGACAGUCAUAUCAAAACUCACCAAAUGCAUCAUUACGGCGGUAAUGGACGGCAGAAGCGUCACUGCCUCUAAUAAACGAGUUAUUAUUAGGGCAGCCGAGGAGAUCCAAUGCGCGACCACAGCUUUUCUCGAAGUUGCGCACAUCGCUUCUGCCUCCAGCCUUCCCCCCCCUCAAUCGGCGCAGACCGACAGUUGCCCCAACACUCUUAAGGACGAAAUAGUGGCAUGUGUACGCGAAGAGAUAGGCAAGCUAAGGAGCCUAGCCACACAACGCUCUACCUACGCUCAGGUCGCUAACACUCCGCGACAAACAUCACCUGCAAAAUCUAUGGCGCCAACCUUUCCCACUAAUAAGCCGGCGCUUAUCAUCAGCACGGCCAAACCUACAGCAACACGCCAGGAAGUAGUAACCGCUUUCAAGAAACAAGUAUCUUUUAAACAGGUUAACUACGCCCCAUCAAGUAUACGAGGAAUAUCAAAUAAUAAACUUCGAAUAGAGUUCGAUUCGAUAACACAACGGGAUGAGACACUUAAACGCCUGGAGGGAUGCCCAGAGGUAAAGGCCGAGACUGCUCGUUGCCUCAAGCCUAUGUGCAUCUUGAAAGGCAUAUCCACUGACACUCCUGCAGAGGAGCUCAUCGAACUAAUCAAAAACCAGAAUGAGGAAGUCGCUCGCCUUAUCACAGACGAAGAAGACCUCAAGGUCCGAUUCAAGAGACAGAAUCGCAACCCUAACCUGUACAAUGCCGUUUUAAUCGCACACCCCAGGGUAUGGCGCCAAAUUAUUACUAGCGGCCGGCUCUGCGUCGACCACCAACGGGUCCAUGUGCAGGACUUCUCGCCAUUCCUACAGUGUCACAAGUGUCUACAAUUUGGACACACAAAGACCAAAUGCACUGUCAGUGAAAACCCUUGUGCCCACUGCGCUGAAACUGGCCACAACAUUAACUCCUGCCCAGUUAAUGGGGAAGGCAAGGCUCCUACAUGCUACAACUGCAAUAGACACAAUACAAAGUUCAACACAAACACAGACACAAAACAUAAAGCUACUGACCCACGAGUAAAAGCCUGCAUCAUCGCCAAACCGCAAUGCGGUGUCAUCCUGGGUCACAGCGAAUACUCUUCCCCCAAUCUCUGCGUCGUCCACCUCCAAGUCGGGCAGCAAAAAGUCUACUUUGCCUCUGUUUAUGUCGAACCUGACCUAGACCAAUCUAACACACUCGAACUGCUGGACAACUUCCUUAAAGCCACUGACAAGUCAACUCACAUCAUUGGAGGCGACUUCAACGGCUGGCAUCACCUAUGGGGAAGCAACCGUACGAAUGCCAGAGGAAAUGACGUCUUAGACAUUAUCUACGGCAAUGACCUAGCGAUUUGCAAUAAUGGCUCUACACCUACCUUUGAAACGGUCACGCAUGGCAGGGACCGCUCAUCAAUCAUAGAUCUUACACUAUGCUCAACCUCAAUAUACGACCGCAUACAAGAUUGGAAAGUCAACUUAGAUGUCUGCCCCUCUUCCCAACAUAAUGCGAUCGAAUUCACCUUAGUAAAUAAUUGCAGUACCUCCAAACCCGUAAACGACUCCACAUUCUCAUUCAACAGCAGCAAAGCCAAAUGGCCUCUCUUCAAAAACUCCCUUCACCUUCGCAUGAUUACCUCUGACAUAUUAGAACGAGAUAUAUCUUCCUUAAACCCCAACCAAAUUGAAUCUCUCAUCAAAGAUCUCACUGAAAUUAUACGAGCUGCCUGCAGCGACUCCAUGCCCAUCAAGGGGACAGGCCCUCACAAGACCAAGCCCCCUUGGUGGUCAAAAUCACUAGAAGACCAAAAGAAAGCCAUUAUCCAACUGCACCAUCAAAUUCAUCGCGCGAAAGCACGGAACCUUCCCAUCACAGAUUUGCUGGCGGAACAUCACCAGCUAAAACUUAAAUACUCACAAAACAUACGCUACGAGUCCACUAAAAAUUUUAAAAAAUUUUGCCAACUUCAAACAAAAGAAAACGCAUGGUCACUCACCAAUCGCCUCCUCAAAGACACCGCCCCACGUCGCCCUCCCACAACACUAAAGAUAGGCAACGGAUUUACCAAAGAUGCCCAUGAAACAGCGACUGCACUACUACACCACUUCUAUCCAGAUGACGGCCCGGACACCGAACCCAUCCAACACAAAAUCCGAUCCCAUGAAAAAGAUACUCCCAAUACCCCAGACGACUUGGAGGGGCAUUAG